GAGGAGGGGAAUCCUUAUAAAUGCAAGCAAACAAGGAGAAAGUACACUUCAUUCAGCAAAGAAAAUGUUUCACUAAAAGGAGCACUGGGAGCCAGGACUGCAGGAUUGUAUUUUGAAUUGCUCUUAUCUGCAGGAUUAAUAUUUGGGAGAAACUUUGGAAUUAUCAAUUGAUCUAGAUUCUUUUUAAACUUGCCAAAUCUGUCACAAGGGUGUCAGGCAUUUCAUACUUUACUUUGACAAAGCUAUAGAACCCUGCAAAGCAUUCCAAGGGAGUUGCACUUUACAAAAGUCUAGGACUCUACAAUUUAAAAAAAAAGGUCAUAGGAAUUGUGAGAAAAUGCUACAGACCAUGUCAAUCUUUUUCUAGGGUUGUCUUUCAUCAUUCUGUCUUGAAAUUAUGUUUAAAAAACAUUGAACUGUGCAUGGCUGUUAGGCAAAAGUGACAGAGAUUAUGACAGUAUCAUCUCUUCUAAUUGUGAUACUCAGUGCUGUUUUGCCAAUUCUCUCUCUUUGUCUCGACUGGAAAUGUUUGGAUGGUUACCGUUUAGCUGAUGAUAACUUCACGUGUAUUGACAUCGAUGAAUGUUUUGAUGGUGGGCUUGGAAUUUGUGGUCAGAUCUGUACCAACUUGCCAGGUUCAUACACCUGCUCCUGCCUGGCUGGUUACACACUGGAGGACAAUAAAUGGUCUUGUCAUCCAGACUCUCCUCCACCCUACCUGAUCUUCAGCCAUGGUAAUGCAAUAUAUAAGAUUGACAGAGAGGGAACGAACCACCAGAGGAUUGUGACAAAUUCUGGGCUAUCAGUUCUCUUGGAUUUCCACUACAGGAAUGGAAAGAUCUACUGGGCAGAUACAGAGAAUGGGCUAUUACAACAGGCCUUCAUAAAUGGCACAAACAGAAAGACUGUGCGGGCUGUGGGGAAAGGUCUUUUGGGCUUUGCUGUGGAUUGGUUACACAACACCAUCAUUUGGACCAAUCAAAAGAAAGGGACCAUUGAAAUGUCGAACUUACAUGGAAAAAAUUCCAAGGUCCUGCUGAAAGAUCUGAUUUUUCCCACGGUCAUGGCAGUGGAUCCAGAGGAAGGGUAUAUGUUUUGGGCUUCAGAAGGUUCUGUUCCAAGUAUUCAUCGUGCCAAUCUAAAUGCUACAAGAGCAAUCUCCAUUGUCAAGUCCAUGACAAAAGUAAAGACAUUGACGCUGGAUCUUAUUGACAAGAGGCUCUUCUGGUUUCAAAGUGAUGCUGAGAACAUCUCAAGCAGCAUUAGGUCAUGUGACUACACUGGAGGCUCAGUUCAGAUCAUCAAACAAUCAAUGCAUCAUUGGCCAUUUGGACUGUCUCUUUUUGCUGAACAUGUGUACUACUCAGAUUGGAAGACCAGCACUAUUCGUCGAGCAAACAAAUACACUGGGAAGGACAUAGUGGUCAUCAGCCCUACACGGUCCUUCCUGCCUCCAGCUGAUCUGAAAGUAGUGCAUCCAUUCUGCCAGCCGGAAGCUGAAUCAGGCUCACAAUUAUCAGAAAAUGAUGCUGGAAGUAUUUGCAAGAAAAGCCUCGAGGGAAAGCACUGCAAAUGUGAGGAUGGCUAUGUUCUCAGUGAUGAUCAGAAAUCAUGCAAAGAUGUCAAUGAAUGUGCUUUUUGGAACCAUGGUUGCACAUUGGGCUGUGAAAAUGUCCCAGGCUCUUAUCAUUGCUUCUGUCCGAAAGGGUUUGUACUGCAGCCCGAUAUGAAAACAUGUCAGGAUCUUACUCCAUGUUUGGAAAAUUACACCGAAUGCAGCCACGAUUGCACUCAGACAUCUAAGGGGCCAAUCUGCAUCUGUCCACCAGGAUCUGUUUUAGGAUCUGAUGGCAAAACGUGUUCAGGCUGUAUGACACCAGAUAAUGGUGGCUGUAGCCAGAUCUGUGUACCACAAGGUCCAGUGUCUUGGAAAUGUGAAUGUCUGCCCGGCUAUAAUCUGGAGCUUGACGGACAGCACUGCCAUGCUUCAGGUCCCAGACCAUUCUUGUUAUUUGCAAAUGGUCAUGAUAUACGGCGCAUAAACUUUGAUGGAACAGAUUAUCAUAUUGUACUGGAAGGACAGAUGGGAAGAGUCUUAGCACUUGAUUAUGAUCCGGUUCAAAGUAAGGUUUAUUUUGCUCACACAGGCUUGAAAGAGAUCGAAAUAGCUAAUCUGGAUGGUUCAGAGCGUGAGAAACUCAUUAGCAAUGAUGUGGAUUUACCUGAAGGACUAGCUGUGGACUGGAUUAACCGCAAAUUAUAUUGGAUCGACAGGGGGUUAUCACAUAUUGCACGGAGUGGACUCAACGGUACACACAGAGAAGUGAUUGUCCAUGAAGGUGUCAACAAGCCAAGAGGAAUUGCUGUCCAUCCGUUGGUUAAGAGGCUAUUCUGGACAGCAUGUGGAAAUGGACCCAGAAUAGAAAGUUCUUCUCUGGAAGGUGGUGACCGUUUGGUUAUUAUCGGCAAUAAUCUUGUUUGGCCCAGUGGAGUAACCAUAGACUACCUAUCUGACAAGCUGUACUGGUGCGAUGCCAAACGCUUUGUUAUUGAGACAUCAGAUCUACAUGGAUACAACCGUCGGAUUCUUGCACAGAAUGAAGUAGGACGCCCAUUUGAUGUAGCAGUAUUUGAAGAUCAUGUUUGGUUUACAGACUGGAGUAAACCUUCUCUAAUGAGAGUAGAUAAGUGGACUGGUCACAACAGAGUGAGACUCCGAGGUGGUAUGCGGAGACCUUCAUCUAUUUCCGUAGUUCAUCCAGUAGCCAAACCAGGUGCUGACCCUUGCCUGUAUAAGAAUGGUGGAUGUGGUCAAGUCUGUGAGAAUAGAUUGGGAGUCGCUCGGUGUUUAUGCCGUAAUGGUUUCCAGAAAACAGCAGAUGGAAAAUCAUGUCAACUUGUAAAUGUUUCAACAACUGUAGACCCCAGAAUUACAUUUUCCGCCAAGGUGAAUUUGUUCUCAACCCCCGGGUUACAAGAUGAAAAUCUGUCCCCGUCUGAAGGCAGCUCCUCCACUACCAGUUUCAACGAAGAUAAGAUUACUCCUGAACUUCAGCCAAGAUCCACACUUGUGGCAGAGAUAAUGGUAUCAGAUCAAGAUGACUGUGGAACCUCAGAAUGUGAUCUCAAUGCUCUGUGUAUUGUAUCAGAAGGAAUUGCUAGAUGCCAGUGUUUGGAAGGAUUUACUGGGCAAGGCAACAUUUGCAACGAUAUUGAUGAAUGCAAAACUGGAGUUCACCGUUGUAAUGAAAAUGCUGUCUGCACAAAUACAGAUGGAAAUUACACCUGUACAUGUUACAAAGGAUUUAUAGGGACAGGAUAUUAUUGUUUACGUGCAAACAGCUCUGUUGUGCCCACUGAAGGAUCGAUAGAAGCAACUACCAGAGACACCACAUCUGAGACAACUACACAUAUGCAGGAGAAUCACAUGGUGAACUGCCCACGUUCGCAUGAGGGCUUCUGUCUGAAUGGAGGGAUUUGCUUCCUUAUCACUGAGAUAACAUCAAUGUCAUGCAACUGUCCUAAAGGUUACAUGGGAGAGCGGUGUGAGUACAGCGACUUACAAUGGUGGGAACUGCAUCGUGUUGAGGAAGAGAAGAGGCGUAAUGUGGUUAUAGCCGUGUGCAUGAUGGUGCUAAUUUGCCUGCUGUCAGUGGGAGCUUGCGUUACAUAUUGCAUCAGACACCAGAAACGUUUAAAGAAGAGCCAUUAUCAGGAAGAAAUGAGUCAAACAAGCAGCAGCAGCAUUGACAAUGUCACCGAAACUUCAACAAACAGUGAACAGCAGUCUUUCACUGCAGUGGAACCUAAUUGGAAGUUUGGAGACGCAAGUAUAGUCCAUAUUAUCGCAGUUGAAACUCAUGACCAUGCCGCAGAAUCAGCAGAAUGUGCAAUACCUGCAGCAUGCCAUGAUGGAGCUGGUUGUCAUUUAAAGGAGAUGAAAAGUCAAUGUCUUCACCAACAACUGCCGCACGAUCACAUGAAAGAGACAGCAACAUAUCCCAGGAGCCUCCCUACUAGAUCCCCACUACCACCAUGAGCCAAUCUCACUUAUCUUGGCAACAGCCAGAGUGCCUUCACUGAACCAUGAAUCAAGGACAUUCACUUAAGCACUAACCUGUUAGGAUGGAAAGCCUUCACUGAAGACAAUGAAUAAGAUUGUUGAUUGAAUUCAUUUAUGUAAAAUUAAAUCCAUGGAUUAUCAACUUUA